GCGUUUCCCAUGGACAGUCUCCAUGGGCGUUCUCUAUGGACACUCUCCAGGUGGCGGAAAUAUGGAGGGGCAGCGCGGGCGGGAGGGACGGCGGGCUCUGCCGCCGCCGCCCCCCUGGCUGGGCUGUCCGAGGGCUGCGGGCUGGCGCGUCCCGCGGGGCAGCGCCCGCUCGGGGAGGGCAGUGGCGCGGCCCCGCGGGAGUGCCGGGACGGGGCGGUGACUCCGGCGCUGGCAGUUUGUCCGCCGGGAGCGGGCGGGACCUUGGCCCUGUGUGCAUUCCUGUUGACUGGUUUAGAACAGUUCGUGUUUGGCUGAAGAGAGACAGUGGGCAGUACUGGCCCAGUAUAUACCAUGCAAUGCCAUCUCCAUGUUCAUGCAUGUCUUUUAACCCGGAAACCAGAAGGCUGUCCAUAGGUCUAGACAAUGGUACAAUCUCAGAAUUUAUUUUAUCUGAAGAUUACAACAAGAUGACACUAGUGAAAAGUUACCAGGCUCAUCAAAGCAGGGUCAUCAUGAUUCUCUUUGUCCUGGAAAUGGAGUGGGUGUUAAGCACUGGACAAGACAAACACUUCACGUGGCACUGUUCGGAAAGUGGCCAGCGGCUGGGAGGGUACCGCACCAGCGCAGGUGCCUGUGGCCUGCAAUUUGAUGUGGAAACCCGGCAUGUGUUUGUUGGUGAUCAUUCUGGGCAAGUGACCAUACUCAAACUAGAGCAAGAGUCCUGCAGCCUUGUUACAACAUUUAAGGGACACACAGGUGGUGUCACUGCUCUCUGUUGGGACCCAAUACAGCGAGUUUUAUUCUCAGGCAGUUCUGAUCAUUCCAUUAUAAUGUGGGAUAUUGGAGGAAGAAAAGGAACAGCCAUCGAGCUGCAAGGACAUAAUGAUAAAGUUCAGUCUCUCUCCUAUGCUCACCACACUCGGCAGCUCAUCUCUUGCGGAGCAGAUGGAGGAAUCGUUGUCUGGAACAUGGAUGUUGAGAGGCAGGAGACUCCCGAGUGGCUGGAUAGUGAUUCCUGUCAAAAAUGUGACCAGCCUUUCUUCUGGAACUUCAAGCAAAUGUGGGACAGUAAGAAAAUAGGCCUCAGGCAGCAUCACUGCCGGAAGUGUGGAAAAGCCGUGUGCGGCAAAUGCAGCUCCAAGCGCUCCUCCAUCCCGCUGAUGGGGUUUGAGUUUGAAGUGAGGGUCUGCGACAGCUGUCACGAGUCCAUAACAGAUGAAGAGCGAGCGCCUACAGCUACUUUCCACGACAGUAAGCACAACAUUGUUCACGUACACUUUGAUGCCACCAGGGGAUGGCUGUUGACCUCGGGGACAGACAAGGUUAUUAAGUUGUGGGAUAUGACACCAGUAGUGUCUUGAUGUUACAUCAGUGGAACUGGAAAGGUGACAUUUACAGAAGAAACCAAUUUUCUAACCCUAAUCAUACUGCAGAAGAUAGAUAACGUUGGGUGCAUACAGCAGAUGAGAAAGGAACUAAUGCGUUUACAAUUUUAUGUCCUCUGCUUGAUCAAGGCUGAACAUUUGCACGAAGACUCUUUCCACUUCUCAAAAUAUCAAGAAGGUAUUUUUUUAACUAACGGUUUGUACGAUCUGACUUCAGCUGUCUUGAAUUCAUUUGGAAAAUCUGUGUGCAGUGCAAUUUUUAGUUUUUAUAUUUAACUAUGUCAAGACACUUACUGCUUUGUACAGAGGGUUCUUGGGUUGUGCCCUACCAUGUGAGUUUUUGGUAUCAACAGACUGUAUUAGGCAAUCGGCUCUCCCACAGCAAGUACCUAUUUGGGAUUUGGGAUAUUUCUGCUGACCAUGCUCUCUUCAGUGGGGGAACCCCAAGUGCAGUGUUGCAUGUUCUCUGGGUGCAUCGCCAAGGAGCUGAUGGACUACUGCAAUUCCUAAAAGGGCUCUACCAUCUACUUGUCCUAGUGGGCAUCAUCCAGAGAGCAUUUUAUUGGUCUGUGUAAUCUUCCUGCCUCUUCCUUUGCUGCACAAGUUGCAAAACCAGGUGGCAGGUUGCUCAGCAACUAAUUUCUACAGAAAACUGAAAUAGUUUUCCAGCUCAGAGCAUUACAAGGAACACACAGACUUGUUUGAGUUUGAUGAAGCUGACAGGCUGAUUCAAAUGAAAUUACUGGCAACAGGAACUUUUGGGAGUGUGUGCAUGGAGGGUGGGCAGAUCUAAAACUGGUCUAGGUUGGAAAAGUCUGGUUAACCUCUACCUCUACCUCUACCUUGCACAGCAACAUUUCAGCAUUUAUAUCUGUCUGUGUUGUUGAAGAUGAAUUUUGUUUUUCCUGUUUUCCAUAUGAUUAGUCAUAUUUUUUUUAAAAUGCUGAUGUUUUUUAAUUUCCUCUAUAGACCCAAAACUGAUAUUGCUGAAUGACGCCCAUUGUCCUGUUGUCAUAUUUUAUGGUUUCUUUUAAAAAUAAACAGUAUUUAAAAACCUG